CGAGAGUGGCCGUUUCGGACAAAACUGUACAAGCACCUGCUCUGACACCUGUUUAAAUUCACAGUGCAACGCGACUAACGGUUACUGUUUCAAGUGUAUUCCUGGAUUUCACGGAAUCUUUUGUGAUAAAUCAUGCAGUUCCUUAUGUUUGAUCAACGACACAAAGGUUUGGUGUAGCUACACAGAUGGAACUUGUCUUCUUGGGUGUAAGGAAGCGUUUACUGAAAAAGACACGGAAUGUAGCUUGUUUAAUAAUACUGCGGAUAUGUUGUAUAGUGAAGCAGAUGAUUACGACAGCGACCAGCCAAACUCUCCUAAUAUAAUAAUUGGAGCAAUGCUGCUUAUAGCUGGUUUUAUUCUCAUAGUUGCAAUUUUUAGAGCUCCAAAAGUAAUGGAAAUCAACAUAACAGAUAGCGAACAGAAUGUUGCUAAUACAAACACAAAUUGUAACAUGGAUGUAAACAACAUUGAAAUCUUGGUCUCGGAGCUACAUGACAUGCAGACAGACGGAAGUCUACUUUACCUUGGAGAGUUUACUGGGCGGGUACUAUUUUGGACAUUCACCGGGACUGGUGCAGAUGAAUGGACAGAGUCCUGGAGAGACAUAAUGAAGUCAACACCUUACAACAACUCUGAUAAAUCCUCCAGUGCUAAACCAAACCAUUGCGUGUCGCCGCCGACAGUAUAAGAAGAAAAUGUUGAUGCUAACAGCUAGCGUGCUCCAGACUUAAUCGAUAAAAACUUAAGCUUAAAAGUGUGUCUUAGGCCACAGCAAUAUAUAACAAUGUUAACAAUGCUUGCCCAUUCCUUCAUUAUAUUUUUCUUUAAACAUUUUAUAUA